ACUUCAUUCUGACUACUGGAGAGGGGGAAGAAGGAGAGGAGCGGGAGGCGAGGAAGGGCGACAUCGUUCUCCAGCGGAGUGUUGUACGGGGUGGGCUUCAAAGCAGGCAAAGAAGAGAAACCCACCCGGCUGGCUCUCUCUCUCUCUCUCUCUCCUCCCGCGGUCUGUUCUUUUUGCAGCAUGAAAGCCUUUAGCCCGGUGCGAUCCGUCCGGAAAGCCAGCCUUUCGGAGCACAGCCUGGGGAUAUCCCGAAGCAAAACCUCGCUGGACGACCCGUUGAGUUUGCUCUACAACAUGAACGACUGUUACUCCAAGCUGAAAGAGCUGGUGCCCAGCAUCCCGCAGAACAAGAAAGUCAGCAAGAUGGAAAUCCUGCAGCACGUCAUCGAUUACAUCCUGGACCUCCAGAUCGCGCUCGACACGCAUCCCAGCAUCGUCACCCUCCACCACCAGAGACCCGUGGUGGGACAGAACCCUUCCUCCAGGACCCCACUGACUACCUUGAACACAGACAUCAGCAUCUUGUCGCUACAGGCAGCUGAAUUUCCCACAGAGUUAAUGUCAAAUGAGAGCAAAGCACUUUGUGGCUAAAAUGUGUUUGGUGUUUGCUGGAUUUUUGCACAAGAAGAUACAUUCCCCCCUCCCAAACUCGUGUUUCCCCCGGCUAUAUCUGGAUUUGGGGGGGGGGGGAUCCAUAUUCAGUUAAAUGAACCUUUUAAAGAAAAAAAUUAAUGGAUAUCAUCUUCCACCACCGUUCUUCAUCUUGGACUUAAUCUUAAUUAUUUAUGAAGAGAGACUUUUAAAAUGCCCUUUCCCUAGCUGGAAAGGCUUCAUUUAUAUGCUAUAUUCCCACAGUAGGGAGCCAAAUGAAACUUUUUUUUUUGUUAAAAAAAAAGCCCUCUUUUAAGGAAUUUUCCCUUUUAAAGCAGACUUUGCCUUUUUUUUCCUCGAAAAGGUGGAGCGUGAGUAUU